AUGUUCCGGGCAUCCAUCUUCACAGCUUUCUUGCUAGUUGUCUCUGCUGUGGUUCGAUGGGAAAAACGCACCCUACAAUGUGACAUUGACAUUUGUAAAUUAGCGGUUCGCAAUGACACCUUCAAAUCAGCAGACUGUACAAUUCACGCUGAUUCUCAUCAUAGCUGUAAUAUUGAAUGCGAUGGAGCAGAUCGAGAUUCAGUAAUUUCGAAGAGUCCCACCACGAAUAGGGAGUGUAUAAGAUUUCACACGUACAACACACAACGAGUGGCUGAUGGUUGGCAAAUGUGGCGUACAGGAGCGUGUGCUAAGGAAAGAAUUGUCCUACAAGUUCAUUGUGGAUUUCUAGUUAAUGAUUGA